CAAAUGGACAUCCUAAAUAAGAACUCAACUGUUUCUGAGUUCAUCCUCCUGGGGCUUUCUAGUUCUCAAGAAAUUCAAAUAAUCUUUUUUGGGAUCUUCUUUCUGGUCUAUGCAGCCAUCGUAGUGGGAAACCUCCUCAUUGUGAUUUCUGUGCUAGUUGAUAACCAUCUUCAUUCACCCAUGUAUUUCCUCCUGGCAAACUUAUCAUUUUUUGACUUAUGUCUUUCCUCUGUGGCUACUCCCAAAGUGAUUGCAGAUUUCCUUAGAAAACAGAAGUCCAUCUCCUUCUGGGGCUGCAUGGCCCAGAUGUUUUUUAUGCACUUCUUUGGAGGUGGCGAGAUGUCUCUCCUCAUAGCUAUGGCCAUUGACAGGUAUGUUGCCAUAUGUAAGCCCUUGCACUACAAGACCAUCAUGAACCAAAGGAUGCUCAUUGUGUUUCUGUUGCUUUCAUGGACAACUGGGUUUGUACACACCACAAGCCAAAUGGUUUUUACAGUAGGUUUACCUUUCUGUGGUCCCAAUGUUGUGGACAGCAUUUUCUGUGACCUCCCCCUGGUCAUCAAGCUCGCCUGCACUGAAACCUAUAUCCUGGAGCUGUUGGUGAUUGCAGACAGUGGGCUCCUGUCCCUAAUCUGCUUUGUUCUGUUGCUGAUGUCCUACAUCAUCAUGCUGCUCACCAUCUGGCAGCACUCCUCCAGUGCAUCUUCCAAGGCUGUGUCCACUCUCUCUGCCCACAUCACUGUAGUCACCCUCUUCUUUGGCCCAGCUAUCUUCAUUUAUGCUUUUCCAUUCAACAGUUAUUCUGUAGAUAAGUUUCUUUCUGUUUUUUACUCUAUAAUCACGCCCCUCCUUAAUCCAAUUAUUUAUACUCUAAGGAAUCAGGAAAUGAAGGCGGCCAUUAAGAGACUCAGCAGCCAGCAUUUUGGUUCCAGGAUGGCCCUUUAAACACGGUUUGUAAUGUUUGUAAUCUCAGAUCGUUUGUUUGUGUUCUGCUAUUUCCAGGUUUGA